GGUGUAGUGUUGCCGCAAUCACUAUUGUUAUUCUUCUUAUUUUUCCUUGCCUCAUCGUGGUCACCAUCGCCGUCGUCCUCCUCCUCCUCGAAAGUGUAGACACACUGACGCAGCACCUCAGCUGUCCGCUUCAGUUUGCUCUCGAGGUCCAGCAGUAUGUGCUGCAAGUCCAGGUCGCCCUGCGGCAACUCCGGAGCAGGAGAUUCCGUCAUGUCCGCCCCCCACACGACCCCCUGAAGAAAAGGCCCGGCAGGCACAAAAACGUCAACACCAACGAGCACCAAGCAAUGAAGUCACAAGCAAACUAA